CGUGUCUCUCCGUUGAGCCGCGGUGCCGCGUGCAACCGGCUGUCGAUCACGCAACGUAGCUAGUCUCCACGGGACGAGGAGUGGUCAGCCCCUUUCUGGUGUAUCCGUGUUGUGUGCCCGUGAGAUUGUGAAUGUGCGCGAAGAUAGCGUUCGAUACGAGAUAUUUUUCGAUAACGAAAGCGGAGCAUUGAGCGAGCGAGCGACCGGCCAUGGGAGUGCUCCCUACCGAGUCGGAGGCUCGCGCGCCGUCCUUCUUGGACAAGCCGACGGUUCGCCAGGAAGAUGACGGCAACCGAAUUGUGUUCGAGUGUCACAUGACCUCCUGUCCCCGACCCGAGGUGACGUGGAUACGGGACGGACACAAGGUGGAGGACGACCUUCGGACCUCGUCGCGGCUCGUCGAAGUGGAACCCAACAAGUACCACGCUUCUCUGGAGAUUAACGACGUCUUCGAGAAGGACAGUGGGCUGUACACCAUCACGGCCAAGAACAGAGAGGGGGAGGUCAGCUCGUCGCUCAACCUCAACUUCACCCCUGCGGAUCAACCACACGAUGAGCAAAUCGACGGCAUUGCGCCGACAUUCGCCAAGAAGCCGACGAUACGGCAAGAAGACGAUGGAGAGAGGCUUCUGUUCGAAUGCCGAAUUCUUGCCGAUCCGCAGCCCCAGAUUUCCUGGGCACACAAUGGAACUCCAGUUGAGGCCAAAGGGAGGUUUAAAGUGUUCGUCGAGAAGGACGGCAACUCCUACAGCGCGACGUUGCAGAUCGAUGAUGUGACGGUUGAGGACGCUGGAAAGUACAAGGUAACCGCAAAGAACGAGCUCGGAGAGAGCAACGCUACGAUAGCCCUCAAUUUCGACAGCGACGACCUUGGCGACGAAGGCGCAAAGCCUACGUUUGUAGAAAAACCUGUCAUUAAGCAGUCAGACGACGGGAAGAAAAUCAUUUUCGAAUGUCGGCUAAUAGCGGAACCUACGCCAAAGAUUGAAUGGUUCCUCAAAGGCAAACCAGUGAAGGAGGGUCCCAGGCACAAGUACACCAUAGUAUCUGAAACGCACAACCACACAGUGUGCUUAGAAGUGUCCAAUGUCAAAUCGGAGGACGGCGGGGAAUACAAGGUCGUGGCCACCAAUGAGCAUGGUGACGGCCAUGCCACCAUCACGCUUAACUUUGAAGACUCGGGAAAGCCAAAAAUACCCGAGGGCAAGGCGCCCCGUUUUCCAAAGAAGCCGACCAUACGUCAGGAAGGCGACUCCUUGAUCCUAGAAUGCAUCCUGGAGGCUCACCCAUUCCCAGAGAUCGGCUGGUUCUUGGGAGCCAAACAGAUAGCCGAUGGGGCUCGCCACAAGAUGGCCAAGAAAGAGCUCUCCAAGCACACUUACCUGCUCUCGCUCGAAAUUAGGGACCCAACGACUGAGGACGGCGGAAGCUAUCGGUGCAACGCUGCAAAUGAGCUGGGCGACAGCAAUGCAAACAUCACGCUCAAUUUACAAGGAGCAGAGCCUAGCAAGAAAGGUGAUGCCCCUUCGUUCACACAGAAGCCUAAAAUCAUUCCAAAGGACUCCGGAGCUCUGAUCUUGAUGGAGUGCCACGUGAAGUCGAAAUCUGCCCCCGAAUUCACGUGGUACCACGACACGACACAGCUCAAAGAGGAUGCACAUUUUAAGUUCAAAAUGGUCAAGGAGAAGGAAGAAGAGUACCUAAUUGUUCUCGAAAUUAGGAACCCCGGAAAAGAUCACGGUGGUGCAUACAAGUGUAAUAUCCGUAAUGAACACGGCGACAUCAACGCUAAUUUGAAUCUCAAUAUUGCCGGUGCGGCUGCCCCAACGGGCACGGCGCCUUCUUUCGUGGAAAAGCCCCAAAUCUCUGCCGAGAGAGAUGGAAAGCUCAUUAUCAUGGAAUGCAAGGUGAAGGCAGAUCCUCGUCCCACAAUCACGUGGUACAAAGAAGGAGCCGUCGUCAAAGAGUCCAGUCGUAUCAAGCAGACGGUCAGGGAAGAGAAGGACGUCUACCACAUCCGCCUCGAACUCACGGAUCCUGAAUUUGCGGAUGCCGGCAUCUACAAGUGCAAUGUCAAGAACUCAGCUGGAGAGAGCAACGCUAAUCUCACUUUGAACAUUGAACUGGCUCCUGUGAUCAAGGAACGACCCAAGGUUGUCCGCCGGGAGCAGCAACGAACCAUCGUGAUCGAGUGUCACGUGCAGUCGGCCAACCAACCGGAGGUCGUCUGGUACAAGGAGAACACGCAGGUGCGUGAGGACACCCGUCACCAGGUGCGCAUCAAGCAGGUGUCUGCGGGAGAGUUCGCGGUCGCCCUGGAAAUUGACAAGCCUGCAGAUCAGGACAAGGGUGUCUACAAGCUCAUGGCAAAGAACACCAAGGGAGAGGCUGCCUCACAGACGGUGACAGUUGAGUUUGAAGAAGAGAAGAAAGAAGUAAAAAAGAAAGAGCCAGAAAAGAAAGAAGAGCCUAAGCCUAAAGGAGAGAAGCCAAAGGUGGUUGAGGCACUCAAGUCGCAGACGGUCGAGAAGGGCAAGUCCUGCGAGUUCACCUGCGUCGUCGAGUCGACCACCAAGACGACGGUGCAGUGGAUAAAGAACAAGCGUACAGUUCGUGAGACCAGGGAUAUCUCGACCCAGUUUGAUGGCAAGAUAGCGAAACUGGUGUUCAGCAACGUAACAGAGGAUAUGGCUGGAGAAUACACUGUGGAACUCAGCAACGAAUUCGGAAAGUCUGAGUCGUCUGCGGAGCUCACAGUCAAGGAGCCUCCCAAAAAGAAACCCGAGGAGAAGAAGCCCGAAGAAAAGAAAAAAGUGGAAGAGAAAAAAGUGGAAGAGAAAAAGGUUGAAGAAAAGAAAGUGGAAGAGAAGAAAGUCGAGGAGAAAAAGGCUGAAGUCAAGAAGGUUGAAGAGAAGAAAGCUGAGGUCAAGAAGGUUGAGGAGAAAAAAGUGGAAGAGAAGAAAGCUGAGGUCAAGAAGGUUGAGGAGAAAAAGGUUGAAGAGAAGAAAGCUGAGGUCAAGAAGGUUGAGGAGAAAAAAGUUGAAGAGAAGAAGGCCGAAGUUAAGAAGGUCGAAGAGAAGAAAGUGCCUGAGAUCAAGAAACCUGAAGAAAAGAAACCAGAAAAGAAAGAAGCAAAGCCUCCAGAAAUCCUUCCACAGCGUAAAGGUAGCAAAAAAGUUGAGCCUAAACCUGGUCCUCCAGAGGUGCCCCCUGCAGAAAAGCCUGCAGUUGUAGAACCUGCACCCACCUCCGCUGUAGAGUCCAAAGAAGAACCCAGUGAACCGCCAUCAAAGAUUGCUCGUAGGGUCUCUGAAGCCAAGGCUGAGCCUGAGCCCGAGGUUAAGCCAAAGACAAGACCAGAGCCAAAGCCCAUAUCGCCACGUAGGCCAUCCACAGCUAAAGCUGAACCGGCUCUUGAGGCAAAGCCAAGCGAGCCUAAGGUUGAAGCUAAGCCUGAACCAGAACCUGAAACAAAGCCAAAGGCAAGGCCUGAACCGAAAGCAGUGUCACCUCGAAGACCAUCUGCAACGAAAGUUGAACCAGCCACGGAUGAGAAACCCAGUGAGCCACCAACAAAAAUUGCUCGUAGGGUGUCUGGUGCUAAGGAUGAAUCGAAGCCUGAACCCAUGCCUGAAAAACGAGAGCUCAAGCCAGAGCCUCGUGUUGAACCUGAGCCCAAACCCAAGGCUGAACCAAAGACUGUGUUACCACGACGACCUUCCAAAGCGAAAGCUGAACCCACUACAGAACCAAAACCAGAGGUUGAGCCAGAGCCUCAACCUAAACCUGAAGCCAAGCCCAAGGCGGAGCCAAAGGCUGUGUCACCGCGACGUCCCUCCGAGCCAAAGGUUGAACCUGCCGCUAAACCCCCUGAACCCCAGAUCGAGCCCAAACCUGUCGAACCUGCACGAAGAGGCUCAAGGUUAAGACCCGAACCUGAAAAAGCCUCUGAACCUGUCCUUACUCCAAAACCCGACCUUAAGCCAGCAGAACCAGAAGUAACGCCCACAAGGAAACCCGCCCCUGAAGUCCCUGCCCCUGCCAUACAGCGCCCCAAAUCUCCGUCGCCUCCACCAGGAGAAUACCCGGCACCCCUGAUUCGAGACCUAGUCCCCCCUCCCCCAACUCCAGCACCAGUCGCCCCACUGGAUUCUCUCAUUGAACGCCACGUCAGCCCGCCAUCCCACGAACCCCAACGCGCUGUCUCUCCGCAGCCUCAACGAAAAUACACCCGUUCCCUAUUAGGCUUUAGGCUGAGGUCUCAGCCUUCCGAGAGAAGGGAGAGCUUGCGUUCAGCCUCUCCCGAGGAGUCCGACGAGGAAGCGAGCAUUUCCGAGCCAGCGAAGGAGCCAUCGCCUCCGAGGAAGCCGUCGCCUCCGAGAAAGUCGUCCGUACCGACAAUAAUGGUCGACGACACCACCAGAAAGCCACGCAAGAAGGACAGUAUCCCCGAGAUAUCGAUCAAGGACAUUGAGGAAGAAGUUGUGGAAAAGAAGCCCAAACCCAAAAUGAAGAAAAUUCAAAGGGCGGGUUCACCCGAGAAAAAGGUCGAAGAGCAGCCAAAGGGCCGGGAGCGAAGGAGUUCGGUUUGCACAGCAAUGGACGCGUCCGUUGCUGCGGAGGAACUGAAGAGGUUGAAUCCCGAAGCGAAGGUCAUGAUCCAAGGAGUGACACUCACAGUGGACGAGGCCGAAAAAAUGCUAGAGAAAGGCCUCCUCGUGGACGAAGCUGGCAAAGUGAAGAAGCUCCGACCCGGUGAAGUGGUAGAGGUUCGUCAACGACGUCGCUCCAGCAUUGACCUCAGACGUGCUAGUGUAUCCGAGCUCCAAGACAAGGUGGAGAAGGAAUCCACCCCAUUGAGGCCCAUACCAGAAACCGAAGAAGGACCUCCCAUUAUCGUCGACUACCAGGAAAAUGUUUCUGCCCUCGAAGGAGGCACAGCCUACCUAUCAAUACAGGUGGAAGGCAACCCUGUGCCACAGUUCCGUUUCUACAAAGGCGUGGGAGAAAUCUACGAGGGUGGUCGCUACCAGGUGAUGACGGACGGAGAGACAAACACGGUCUGCUUUUGUAUUCGCAAAGCAAAAUCCACCGAUGAGGGUAAAUACAAGGUAGUGGCCUACAACAAGCACGGCGAGGACUCUGUCAACAUGAGCCUCUUCGUUAGUGACGAGAGCGGAAUGGAUUUCCGUGCUAUGCUGAAGCACAGACAAUAUGCAAAGUGGGGCAUGCACAAGGGAGAUCCAGACUGGCAACUUAAGGCAAAAGAAGAAGAAAAUGAACUGGCAAACCUUCGAAAGAAGAAACCAGACGCAUUCAUCCAGCCAUUGGAGAAUGUGCACGUGAAGGAAGGCCUCGACAAGCAGGCCCGCUUCCAAGCCGUCUUCUCCAAGAGCGGCAUCAAGGGCAAAUGGUUCCGAAACCGACAGGAAAUCUUCUUGGGCAAGAAGUUCCACAUGACAAGCCAGGGCGAUCUGCACGUCCUGGAGAUCAUGAACCCAACCGUGGACGAUGCCGGAAGAUACACGCUUACCUGUCUGGACACAAGCUGCGCUGCCAUGCUGGAAGUCGACGACCCUGACCCAGUGUACAAGUUUGUCAAGAAACUGCCGCCACGCACGGAACAGUUUACCAUGAAGGAACUGGUGCUCGAAUGUACCUGCAACAGUCACAAGGCUCGCGUGCAGUGGCUGAAGGACGGGAAGAAGAUUGCGACGAGUGACAAGUAUCUAGUAGAGCAAGAUCAGUUUGGAAAGAAGAUCUUGAGAGUCUUAAAUUGUACCUUGGAAGACACUGGUGAAUACAUGUGCAAGAUCAGUCCAGAAGAACUAACCAAAACCAAAGUGACCAUAGCAGAACGACAGUUCCAGUUCAUGAAGGGACUGAAAAGCUUCAAGAUCAAUGAACAGGAGACCAUCACUCUCGAAUGUGAAGUCGAUGAAUGGGAAGCACCCGUUCAGUGGUUCAAGGACGGCAAGGAGAUCAAGAGUGGCAAACACCUAGAAAUCACGGCAGAAGGCCGAAAACGCCGCAUCUUCAUCAAGUCAGCCAAAGUCACCGACGAAGGCCAUUACACCUGCAAGACGAAUGCAGACGAAACAACCGGAGAACUUCUGGUCGAACCGGCCAACAAGUUCAACAAGAAGCUGAAGGACGUGACAGCGCUGGAACGUGAACAAGCCAUCCUGGAAGUGGAGUUCCUGGACCGCUAUGCCCCUAUUAAGUGGUACAAGAACGGCGAAGAAUUCAAGCCCAACGAGAGGGUGAACAUGAGGACGACUGACGAUGGAUGCCAGCAGCUCGUUUUCACAAAGUGUGAAAUGGAAGACGAUGCUGAAUACACGGUCGAGUGCAAGGAUCUCAAGUGUUCCGCCAGGCUGACAGUCAAUGAAGCUGAAAAGGCUCCGGUGCUCAAGCUGGACAAGACCAACUUCACUGGUGACACUGGCAAGCCAUUGGUAAUUGAAAUUCCCUACCAAGUUACCGGUGUACGAACGUCGGAUGUCGUACCCAAGCUGCUGCGCAACGGACAGCCGGUACCUAGGAACGAGAUUGACAUGGCCGUAAAGAACGAUAUGGUGGUUCUAACAUUCCGUAAGCCCGUUCGAGGCUCCACCGGCCCAUACGAAUUCAGCCUCAGCAACUCUCAGGGCGAAGCCAAAGUUCCUCUCAACAUCAACAUCCUGGAUGUGCCAUCGGCACCAGAAGGACCUCUGGAGGUCACGGACAUCUACAGGGAUCGCUGUAAGCUCAAAUGGAAGCCACCCAAGGACACUGGCGGCGUCCCGCUCCAACAUUACGUUGUGGAACGACAAGACCUGGGAGCCCGUGGUGGCUGGACCGAAGUCCUCACCACCGAGAACACGUCCGUGGACGUCAAGGACCUCACUCCGAAGAAGGAGUACAAGUUCCGCGUGCGCGCGGUCAACAAAAAGGGAGCGUCGGAACCUCUGACUGCAGAAAAGACUACGUUAGCCAAGGAUCCUUACGAUGAACCGUCCAAGCCCGGCUCUGUCGAGGUCACCGACUGGGACGCGGAUCGCGUUGACCUGAAGUGGGAGAAGCCAGAGAAGGAUGGUGGCGCCCCCAUUGAAGCUUACAUUAUUGAAUACAAGGACAAGUUCUCAAAGGACUGGGUCGAAGGCGCGAGAGUUGGAGCCGAUAAGACAAAGGGACGUGUGGCCGACCUCAAAGAGGGAGUCCAGUAUGAGUUCCGCGUCCGCGCUGUCAACAAGGCUGGUCCUGGUGAACCCAGUGACCCGACAAAGCCGGUUGUCUGCAAGCCAAGAUUUGUCAAGCCUUACAUCCUUGGAGACGGCCUAAAGAGCAUCAUGAUCAAGAAGGGAGGAACCAUCAAGUAUGACAUAGACUUUAAGGGUGAACCACCUCCGGAAGUCACCUGGGAACAAAACAGCAAGAAGCUUGUGUCCAGUCAGAGGACAACCAUCGAGGUGACAGACAAGUCUACCUCGUUGCUCACCAAGAACGCUGUCCGUGCUGACAGCGGUAGAUACACAUUGAAAUUGACCAACAGCAGCGGCACGGUCUUUUCUGAGGCUGAUGUCGUCGUCUUGGACAAACCCACAAUGCCUGGAGGGCCUCUGUUGAUUGACGAAGUCCGUGCGGACCACGUCGACCUGUCCUGGAAGAAACCGUCGGACAGUGGCGGCUCUGACCUUAAGGGCUACGUCAUCGAAAAACUGGACACGGAGAACGACAGGUGGAUACCCGCCGGAGAAGUCGGCCCUAACGACACGAAAGCCCGAGUUGACGGCCUCACCAAGGGCAAGAAGUACAAGUUCCGCGUCAAGGCAGUGAACAAGGAAGGCGAAUCUGAGCCGUUGGAAAUUGGGGAGCCCGUCGUGGCUAAGAAUCCCUACGACGAGCCCGGCAAACCUGGAGUACCAGAGAUCGUGGACUAUGACAACACUAAGGUGGACCUGAAAUGGGAGAAACCAAAGAAUGACGGUGGCCGUCCCAUCCUACACUACGUUAUCGAAAAGAAGGAGAAGCACAGUCCAGACUGGGAAGAAGCCCUCAAGACUCCGGGCGACGUCUGCGAAGCAACUGUCAAGGACCUCAAAGAGAACACUGUCAUGCAGUUCAGAGUCCGUGCCGUCAACAAGGCCGGUGUUGGUGAACCUAGCGAUCCGACAUCCAAUCACAUCGUCAAGCAUCGCAACUUGAAGCCACGCAUCGACCGGACAAACCUGAGAAACGUGAUGUUGAAGGUGGGCCGAUCGCACACUUACGAAGUGGACAUCAUCGGCGAGCCUCCGCCGGAAGUGACGUGGACCUUCAAUGACUCUCACAAGUUGAGCGAUGACGAACACACCAAGAUUGAGAACAAGGACUACCACUCUGACUUCUCGGUCACCAAGGCUCUGCGCAAGCAGUCCGGAAAAUACACCAUUACGGCCACCAACCGAAAUGGUCGAGACUCCGUUUCGGUCGAUAUUACCAUCCUUGGCAAACCGGACAGGCCUGAAGGUCCUCUGGAAGUGAAGGACGUCCACAAGGAAGGCUGCAAGCUGAAGUGGAACAAGCCCAAGGACGAUGGGGGCGUUCCGAUCCAACAUUACGAGGUGGAGAAGUUGGAUAAAGAGACUGGACGCUGGUCUCGUGUAGGGAAGACUGACAAGCCGGAAAUCGAAGUGUCUGGCUUGACACCGAACAAGGAAUACCUGUUCCGUGUUACUGCGAUCAACGAGGAAGGCGAAUCGGAACCUCUCGAGACCCUCCAAGGGACUGUUGCGAAGAAUCCGUACGACGAGCCGUCGAAGCCUGGCACUCCGGAACUUACGGACUACGACAACACGAGUGCGGACCUGAAGUGGGAACCUCCCAAGAGCGACGGAGGAGCUCCCAUCGAGAAGUACGUUGUGGAAAAGAAGGAUCGUUUCGGCACAGAGUGGGAGAAGGCCGUUGAAGUUCCUGGCAACAAGCCGGAGGCUAAAGUCACGGGUCUUAAGGAGAGGAGCGAAAUCCAGUUCAGAGUCGUUGCCAUCAACAAGGCUGGUCCAAGUGAACCCAGCGAACCUACUAAGAUGCACGUGGUUAAACACCGUAAACUGAAGCCUUACAUAGACCGAACCAACCUGGACCCACUCAUGGUAAAGAAAGGCAAACCCGUUCGUCUGGACGUUAAUGUUAGGGGUGAGCCACCGCCGAAGAUUACAUGGAAGUUGAAGGACAAGGUGGUGGAGACCAAGGACAAUGUUGAGGUCAUCAACGUUGACUACAAUACCAAGCUCAGCAUCACCGACUCACAAAGAAAGGACAGUGGAAUGUACACUAUCAUUGCUGAAAAUGAACAUGGAAAGGAUGAAGCCGACGUUGAAAUUGUUGUGUUGGCGGCUCCCACUCGCCCUGGUGGACCUCUGAAGGUGUCCGACGUCACCGCCAAGGGCUGCAAGCUCAAAUGGAACAAGCCAGAUGACAACGGUGGCAAGCCGAUCCAGGCGUACGUCGUGGAAAAGAUGGACACCAAGACUGGCACCUGGGUGCCAGUCGCACGCGUGGAUCCGGACGAGACCGAGUGCCCAGUCACGGGACUGAUUCCAGGCAAGGAGUACCAGUUCAGAGUCAAGGCAGUGAAUCCCGAAGGAGAGUCCGAGCCCCUUGUCACUGACUCUCCCGUACUCGCAAAGAAUCCUUAUGACGAACCCACAAAGCCUGGACAACCGGAAAUUGCCGACUAUGACGAAAAGCACGUGGACCUCAAGUGGGAUCCUCCCAAAAGCGAUGGCGGUGCUCCAAUCACUGGAUACAUCGUCGAAAAGAAGGACCGUCUCGGCGGCAACUGGGAACCAUGUCUGGAGACUACCGGCUCCAAGCCAGAAGCCAAGGUGGAAGAUCUGGUUAAGGGGCAGCAGUACCAGUUCCGUGUACGGGCAGUGAAUAAGGCAGGACCCAGUGAAGCUAGCGAGCCUACAGGAAUGCACCUCUGCAAGGAACGCUUCCUGGCACCAAAGAUCAUACGGGACACACUGCAGAACAUCACAGUACGAGCAGGUCACCUGGCCAAAGUCAAUGCAGAGGUCAUCGGUGAACCACCUCCAAAGACGACAUGGGUGUUCCAGAGCAAAGAGCUGGAACCCACAGAUAAGGUGAAGAUUGAGGACCAGGAUUACAAGACAUUCCUCUGCAUCACCAACAUUACACGCAAGAACUCUGGAAAGUACACUCUCAAAGCAGAGAACUCUUCAGGAAAAGAUGAGGCAUCUAUUGAGAUCUUGGUUCUUGACAAACCAACGAGGCCUGAAGGCCCACUAGAUGUAACAGAUGUUGAUGCCAAGGGCUGUAAGCUGUCCUGGAACAAGCCCAAGGAUGAUGGUGGCCUGCCACUAGAAGGUUACCAAGUGGAGAAGAUGGACACAGCGACGGGCCGCUGGGUGCCUUGUGGAAAAGCCGACAAGGACACCACUGAACUGAAGAUUUCCGGCUUGGAGCCCGGAAGAAAGUACCAAUUCAGGGUCAAGGCAAUCAAUCCUGAAGGAGAAUCGGAGCCUCUGGAGACAGAGAGGAGCACUCUUGCAAAGAAUCCUUAUGAUGCCCCUGGAGCGCCAAGCAUGCCUGCCAUCAAGGACUACGACAAGGACUUUGUGGAGCUCAAGUGGGACCCUCCAUUGAACGACGGUGGAGCCCCCAUCACUGGGUACCAAAUCGAGAAGAAGGACAAGUACAGCGACAACUGGGUUCCCUGCGCCGAAGUUAUUGGUAAUGUUCCUGAAGGAAAAGUCAAGAACCUGCAGGAAGGCGACAAGUACGAGUUCCGCGUGCGUGCUCUCAACAAGGCUGGUCCCGGUGAACCGAGUGACGCAACCGCUCCACAUCUCAUGAAGCACAAACACCUGAGACCACGUAUCGACCGCACAAACCUGCGCAACAUGAUGGUCAAGGUUGGGCAGUCCAUCAACUUCGACGUCGACGUCAUCGGCGAACCGCCCCCGAAGGUGGAAUGGUUCCUGGAGAACCGUCCGGGAGAGCUCCAGUCCGACGAGGUGUACCGCAUCGACAACGUGGACUACAACACAAAGUUCUUCCUCCUGCGCGCCACACGCAAGGAGAGCGGCAUCUACCACAUCAAGGCCACCAACGAUUCAGGAUCGGAUGAGGCAACGGUGGAGAUCACAGUACUGGGCAAACCGUCGAAGCCAGAAGGCCCACUAGAGGUCUCCGAUGUGCGCAAAGAUGGCUGCUCUCUGAAAUGGAAGCCACCCAAAGACGACGGCGGAUCUCCCAUCGAAUGCUACGAGGUUGAGAAGAUGGACGAAGAGUCGGGACUCUGGGUUCCAGCUGGAAGAACCACAGAGCCCCAGUUCGAGGUCAAGAACCUGCAGCCUGGCAAGAAAUACAAGUUCCGUGUCCGCGCUUGCAACAAGGAAGGGGACUCGGAAGAGCUUGAGACUGAAACUGGCACACUGGCUAAGAAUCCAUUUGAUGAACCAGGCAAGCCAGGAAGACCAGAACCCACCGACUGGGACACAGACCAUGUCGACCUCCAGUGGUCGGCACCGCAGUCAGACGGUGGGACUCCCAUCACGGCUUAUGCCGUUGAGAAGCGCAAGAAGGGUUCACACAAGUGGCAGAAGGCCAAGGAAGUGCCAGGGAGACAGACCACAGCUACGGUCGAUGACUUGGAAGAAGGCGAGGAAUACGAGUUCCGCGUCAUUGCCAUCAACAAGGAAGGUCCCAGCGAGCCCAGCGACGCCUCCCGACCCGUUGUUGCCAAGCCCAGGAAACUGGCUCCCCGCAUCGACCGCACGAACCUCAAGGACACGACUAUCAAGAGUGGACAGGCAAUCAAGUUUGACGUCGAUGUCAAGGGCGAACCGUGUCCAACAAUUGAAUGGUCCUACAACGGUGAACCGCUCAAGCAAACAGACAAGAUUAAGAUUGACAUUGAGGACUACCACACUCUCUUCAUACUCACUGGUGCCAAACGUGCCCACAAGGGUAAAUACACCAUCACGGCCAAGAACAUUCAUGGAACAGACGAGGCCACUGUUGAUCUCACGGUGCUAGGCAAGCCAGCCAAACCCAAGGGACCAUUGGAGGUGUCCGACAUAACAGCUGAGGGCUGCAAGCUCAAAUGGGACAAACCGGAGGAUGACGGUGGAGAACCAAUUCAGCAGUAUGCUGUGGAGAAGAUGGACAUGGAUACUGGACGCUGGGUUCCCGUUACUACGACCAAAACGCCCGAGGCUGAGGUGCAGGGACUAGUACCUGGCAAGGAGUACAAGUUCCGCGUCCGUGCGGUCAAUCCUCAAGGAGAAUCAGAACCACUGGAAACAGACACACCCAUUGUGGCUAAGAAUCCAUUCGACGAGCCCGGCAAACCCGGAAAACCAACCGCCAAGGACUGGGACAAGCACCACGUGGACCUGUCGUGGCAGCCACCAAAGGAAGAUGGCGGAGCACCGGUCACGAGCUACAUCAUCGAGAAGAAAGACAAGUACAGCAGCAAGUGGCAAAAGGCCGCCGAAAUCAUUGGUGACAAGUGCGAGGCCCGUGUGCCCGACCUCAUUGAGGGCAUGGAGUACCAGUUCAGGGUGAAGGCUGUCAACAAGGCCGGUCCAGGAGCUCCCAGCGACUCCAGCGAAGUGGUUAAGGCUAAGGCACGCUACGAGGCUCCUAAGAUCGACAGAUCGACACUGAAGGACAUGACGAUCCACGCUGGACAGGGCAUUAAAUUGGAUACCCGCGUAACGGGUGAACCUUCACCUACCAAGACGUGGUUCGUCAACAAAGAAGAGAUCAAAGAAGGCGGCCGGUACACCCUGGAAAAGGAACCUCACCGUAUUAAGCUCACUCUUCACAGUGCCGAGCGCAAAGACACUGGUGACUAUAAGCUGGUGGCUGAAAACAGCUCGGGCAAAGAUGAGGUUACCAUCAAGCUGGUCGUACUUGACAAGCCCACCGCACCAGAAGGUCCUCUCGAGGUAUCGGAUGUUCACGCCGAAGGCUGCAAGUUGAAGUGGAAGCCACCAACCGAUGACGGCGGUCAGCCCGUGGACAAUUACAUCGUAGAGAAAAUGGACACCGAGACGGGCCGCUGGAUUCCUAUUGGCCGCCCCACGAAGCCGGAGAUGGAAGUUAGCAACCUCGAACCGGGAAAAGAAUACAAAUUCCGGGUACGAGCCGUCAACCCCGAGGGAGAGUCCGAGCCACUGGAAGCCGAGAAGGGCGUCCUGGCCAAGAAUCCCUACGAUGCACCUGGAAAACCAAUGUCCCUCGAGGUCACUGACUGGGACAAGGACCACAUGGACCUGAAGUGGCAGCCGCCAGCGAAGGACGGUGGAGCUCCCAUUGAGAAGUACAUUGUUGAAAAGAAAGAAAAGGACAGCCCAGUCUGGUCCAAGGCUGCUACUGUCGAUGGCAAAAGUUGUGAAGCUCGCGUCCCAGACCUCAUCCCCGGGGAAGCUUAUGAGUUCCGUGUUCGUGCUGUCAAUGCUGCAGGGCCUGGUGAACCAUCCAACACUACAAAGCCCAUGGUCGCAAAACCACGAAAGAUGGCUCCUAAGAUUGAACGCCGUAACCUGAAACCGGUCACAGUAAAGGCCGGUCAGCCGUUCGAGUUUGACAUCAAAGUUCAAGGCGAACCAGCUCCCACGGUGACGUGGUACCUUGGAUCCAAGCCCGUUGAGCAGCGGUCAACGCUCAGCGUGAAUAACGUUCCUUACAACUCGAAGCUGACCUGUGACAAGGCCGAACGCAAGGACAACGGCACGUACCGCAUUGUAGCCACGAACCAGUAUGGCACUGACGAAGCUGAAGUGGACGUUACCGUCGUCUCCAAGCCCUCAAAGCCCGAAGGCCCACUGGAGGUGGCGGACGUCCGCAAGGAUGGUUGUAAGCUGUCCUGGAACAAGCCCAAGGAUGACGGUGGAGAACCCAUCACCAAGUACGUCGUGGAGAAGAAGGAUCCCGACACCGGUGUCUGGGUACCAGUAGGUGCCAGUCAUGGCCCCGAGAUGCAAGUGACGGGACUCACACCAGGCAAGGAGUACCAGUUCCGGGUCAAGGCUGUUAAUAAGGAAGGGGAAUCUGAACCUCUGGAGACAGUCCUGCCGGUGCUGGCCAAAGACCCCUUCGUUGCACCCUCAGCGCCAGGCAAGCCUGAGCCAACGGACUGGACAAAGGACAAGGUCGACCUGAAAUGGAGCGCCCCAGAUGAGGACGGUGGCUCCCCCAUUUCCCACUAUCUGAUAGAAAAGAAAGAAAAAGGCAGCCCCAAGUGGGAGAAGGCAGCCGAAGUGCCGGGUGACCAGUGCAAGGGAACCGCCCCCUUCCUGGAAGAAGGGAAGGAGUAUGAGUUCCGUGUCAUUGCCGUUAACAAGGCAGGCCCAGGGGAACCUAGCGAAGCCUCCAGGCCCGUGGUGGCCAAGCCACGCUUCCUGGCGCCACGCAUCGACCGCAAGAAUCUGCGUGACAUGACGAUAAAAGCGGGACAGCCGCUCAAGUUUGACGUCAACGUACAGGGCGAACCUCCGCCGACAAUUAUCUGGUCCUUGGAGGGUCAGACGCUCAAGACCGACAACCAUCGUUCAAUCGACAACGAGGACUACAACACUAAGCUCUCAGUCCGCCGUGCGGAACGCUCGGACACGGGAACCUACGCCAUUGUUGCGACCAACAGUUCUGGCAGAGACGAGGCCACUGUCACCAUCACCGUACUUGAUAAACCCACAAGCCCCGAAGGCCCACUGGAAGUGUCCGACGUCCACAAAGACGGCUGCAAACUCAAAUGGAAGCGACCCAAGGAUAACGGUGGCAUGCCGCUCGAUGGCUACCUUGUUGAGAAAAUGGAUCCCGAGUCCGGUGUCUGGGUACCAGUCGGAAAGACGAGGGAACCAGGAAUGGAUGUGACGGGCCUGACUCCUGGCAAGGAGUACAAGUUCCGUGUGAAGGCCCUCAACAAGGAGGGCGAGUCUGAACCGCUCGAAACCGACAAGCCCAUUGUUGCCAAGAAUCCAUUCGACGAACCAGGCAAACCUGGGGAUUUGAAGGCCACCGACUGGGACAAGGACCAUGUCGACCUCAAGUGGACACCUCCCACAAAUGAUGGAGGAGCCCCGAUUGAAAAAUACGUUAUUGAGAAGAAAGACAAGUGGGGAGACUGGGAGAAGGCAGCGGAAGUCCCCGCCGACCAGACGAAGGCUACAGUCGGGAACCUGGCACCGAACCAGCCCUACGAAUUCCGCGUACGGGCCGUUAACAAGGCUGGACCCGGAGAACCGUCGGAUGCUACGCUGCCCGUCGUCACUAAGCCACGUAAACUGGCUCCCAAGAUUGACCGCACCAACUUGGACAAGGUUCGCAUUAAGGCUGGGCAGAACUUCAACUUUGACGUCAACGUGAUCGGAGAACCGCCGCCGGAAGUGACAUGGACGUUGAAGGGCAGGAAGGUGACACCUUCGGACCAUGUGAAGUUGGUGAACGAACCCUACAACACGAAGCUCAACGUGCGUCAGGCAACACGUGCAGACAGUGGAACCUACAUCAUCACUGCUACAAACGAGCACGGCAAGGAUGUUGCUGAGGUUGAAGUUAUCAUCCUUGACAAACCAUCUGCUCCUGAAGGACCACUGAAGGUUGAAGACGUCCACGCUGAUGGCUGCACGCUCAAGUGGAAGCCACCCGUUGACGACGGAGGCGUUCCAAUCGACCACUACGUGGUUGAGAAGCAAGAUCCAAACACGGGUCUCUGGGUUCCAGCUGGUGACACCAUUGGACCUGAAACAGAGAUGAAGGUCAAGGGGUUACAGCCUGGCAAGCACUACAAAUUCAGAGUCCGCGCAGCCAACAGGCAGGGUGAAUCUGCACCUCUUGAGGCUGACAAGUCCAUCUUGGCCAAGAAUCCGUUUGAUGAACCAGGUGCUCCUGGUAAGCCAGAAAUCGCAGACUACGACAAAGACUUUGUGAAGCUGAAGUGGACACCACCGGAGAGUGACGGCGGAUCACCCAUCACGGGAUACGUUGUUGAGAAGAAGGAUAAGUACAACCCCGACUGGGUUCCGGUUACGGAAGUUCCGGGAGACGCAACCACAGCUAAGGUACCCGACCUCGUGGAGGGAUGUCCAUAUGAGUUCCGGGUUCGUGCUGUUAACAAGGGCGGUCAAGGCGAACCUAGCGAGUCAACGGGACAGCAUAUUGCAAAGCCAAAGAACAUGGCUCCACGCAUUGACCGCAAUGCCCUGCAUGACAUCAAGAUCCGCGCGGGAAAGAACUUCGAAUUCGAGGUUCCCGUUCAGGGUGAGCCUCCUCCGACCAAGAAGUGGAGCAUGGAGGGCAAGGAUGUGGACACCAACAAACGCUGGGCAAUCUCUCAUGAACCUUACAAGACCAAGCUGGCUGUGCGUAAUGCAGAGCGUGGAGACAGUGGAACACUCACACUGACAGCCACUAAUGUCAACGGCACGGACACUGCCAAGAUCAAUGUCACCGUGCUUGACUCACCAACUGCGCCAGAGUACCUGAAGGUGGACAACAUCACGAAGGACGGUUGCGACCUCUGCUGGAAGCCACCGAAGGACAAUGGAGGAACAGAUAUUUCCCAUUACGUGGUGGAGAAGAAGGACAUUGACACUGGAAUCUGGACUCCGGUCGGGGAGACGAUGGGCACGAAGCUGCACGCCGAUCGGCUGGCGGACCAGCACCAGUACCACUUCAGGGUGAAGGCGGUGAAUCGCGAAGGGGAUUCCCCCUACUGCAAUACUAAGGAGUCCAUCACUGCCAAGAAUCCAUUCGAUGCACCAAGCAAGCCAUCCCCGCCGGAGGUGACCGACUGGGAUGCUGAUCACGUGGACCUGGAGUGGCGAGCGCCUAGAGAUGGUGGCGCCCCCAUCAUGGGUUACGUGGUCGAAAAGCGUCCCAAGGGUAGCCCCACAUGGGAAGAAGCUGCCCGCGUUCCAGGUGACGCUACCAAGGCCCGAGUACCAGACCUGAAAGAAGGUGAAGAGUACGAGUUCCGCAUCGUUGCCCUCAACAAGGCUGGCCCCUCCGAGCCAAGUGACCCGUCACAGUCUGUGGUUGCUAAGCCUAGGAAGUUGGCGCCUUCACUGGAUAGAAGUGCACUGAAGGACAUCAAAGUAAGAGCUGGCCGUCCCAUUAACUACACCAUACCGAUCAAGGGUGAGCCAACGCCGACUGUGGAAUGGUUUGUGAACGACAAACCGGUGAUCACGGAGAAGCGUAUCGACGUGACCAGCACUCCACACCAGACCAUUCUCGACAUUCCCUCUUCGUUGCGCUCGGACUCCGGCAAAUACAGCCUCGUCCUGGAGAACGCCUCUGGAAAGACUGUGGCCUCCGCCAAGGUUACUGUACUCGAUCGUCCAUCACCACCUCAAGGUCCUCUCGGAGUGACAGAGGUGACCAAGAACUCUGCCACUUUGACCUGGAAGCCACCCGUCGACGACGGUGGCGCCCCCAUCAGGCACUACGCUGUGGAAAAAAUGGACACGUCUCGCGGAACGUGGGUUGAAGCUGGAACGUCACCGACCUGCAGCAUCAAAGUGCCGAAGCUGGUGCACCGCAAGAGCUACCAGUUCCGUGUACGAGCCGUGAACGAGAUUGGAGAAUCUGAGCCGCUCGAAUUGAAGGAGUCGAUUGUGGCAAAGGACCAGUUCGAAAAAUCGAGCCCACCGGGUCGCCCAGAGGUUACAGACUGGGACAAGGACCAUGUUGACCUGGAAUGGAAGAAACCGGAAGAUGACGGUGGCUGCCCAAUUAAGAGCUACGUCAUCCAGAAGAAGGAGAGAGGAUCCCCCAUGUGGACCAAGGCAAAGGAGGUCCCUGCCUCGCAGACCAAAGCAUCUGUUCCAAACCUCAAAGAGGGUCAGGACUACGAGUUCCGCGUUAUAGCCGUCAACGAAGGUGGCGACAGCGAACCCUCGGAGCCUUCAGAGUUGGUCACCUGCAAGCCACGCUUCUUGCCUCCAAAGGUUCUUGGCCCUCUAAAGGAGGUCAAGGUGAAGGCCGGCCAGACACUCCACGUGGACGUGAAGUUCCUCGGAGCUCCGCCUCCGACCGUUACGUGGUCCGUGGACGGCAAGCCCCUCACGUCAAACGACCGCUGCACCAUCUCCAACUUCGACGACUACACCGUCAUCAACACUGUGGAUGCCAAGCGUUCGGACAGCGGUUCGUACACGCUGCAUCUCAAGAACGAGCACGGGGAGGACACUGGCACUCUCCAGGUCACGGUGCUAGAUAAGCCUAGCCCACCUGAGGGUCCUCUGAACAUCGAUGCAGUCGACAAGGACAAUGUGAAGCUGUCGUGGAAACCUCCUAAGGAUACGGGUGGCAGCGAUGUGCUGGGUUACGUAGUCGAAAAGAGGGACAAGACUCACGGCGGAGUUUGGGUACCAGCUUUGACUGCGGUACCAGCCACUGCAACGAGUGCCACUGUACCCAAAUUGAUCGAAGGAACCGAGUACGAAUUCCGCGUCAUGGCGGAAAAUGCUCAAGGAACAUCGGAGCCACUCACCACCACGCGUCCCGUCCAAGCGAGGAGCCCCUACGGAACGCCUGCAAAGCCCGGACAACCCGAAGCCGUGGACCAUGACCGGGACUUCAUCAAAAUUAAAUGGGAUCCCCCCUACAAUGACGGUGGCUCCCCGAUCACGGGAUACGACGUCGAACGCCGCGACACUAAGUCCAACCGUUGGGUUCGUGUCAACAGGGACCCGGUGCGAACUCCAGAAUACACGGACAAGGACGUGACCGACGGACACAACUAUGAGUACAGAGUUGUUGCUAAGAAUGCUGCUGGACCCAGUGAGCCAAGCAAGGCUUCCAAGCCCAUCGCAGCUAAGCCAAUGAAAGAGAAGCCCAAGCUUCACCUGGACGGCCUUUACGGAAAGAUGAUUCGUGUUCGUGCCGGAGAUCCGCUCAGCAUAAACAUCCCCGUGACUGGAGCCCCAACACCGGCGGUGACGUGGCUGAUCAACGACAAGCACAUCACUCCAACCAACCGCAUACGCACAGACUCUGCUGAUGAAGCUGUGAGCCUCAACAUCCCAGUGACACAGCGUGGCGACAGCGGAAAGUACACCAUCCAGGCCAAGAAUAUGUACGGCGAGGAGUCUGCAGACAUUGACGUCCUCGUCUAUGACAAGCCCGGACCACCACAAGGUCCACUCGAGUACACUGAUGUCACUAGUGGCACAGUGACUUUGAAGUGGAAGAAACCACUAGAUGAUGGCGGUGCUGACAUUACUGGAUACGUGGUCGAGAAGUGCGAAGCUGGCUCCGACCUCUGGACGCCGGUACCCGGGUACUGCCCGAACACCACGUACACGGUACGCAACCUUGAAGAAGGAAAGCAGUACAAGUUCCGCGUUCGUGCCGAGAACAUCUACGGUACCAGUGAGCCUCUCGAAGGCAAAUCCGUCGUGGCCAAGAAUCCAUUCGAGACACCCGACUCUCCUGGUCAGCCUAAGGUGACCGAGAUUGGCCCGACUGCCGCUACGAUUGCCUGGACGCCGCCAGUCAGCGAUGGUGGGCGACCCGUUCAAGGGUACAUCGUGGAGAAAAGAGAGAGGGGUCACCCCGAAUGGGUGAAGGUGAACUCUGUGCCGACACCCGGCACCCAGUACACCGUGCCUCACCUGAACGAGGGCAAGACCUACGAGUUCCGAGUGACGGCCGUCAACGAAGGCGGACCCGGCAAACCGAGCCGUCCCAGCGCUGCUGUGGUCGCCAAGGAACCCAAGUUUGCUCCGGCUGCACCGGAUGUGCCACGUGUGGACAAGGUGACCAAGGACUCGGUGACACUCUCGUGGAACAAGCCGACAAAUGAUGGAGGAAGCAAGAUCAAGGGAUACGUCGUCGAGAAGAAGCCCAAGGACUCUGACGAAUGGACUCCGGUCAACAUACUGCCGCAUCCCGACACGACCUUCACCGUACCAGGCCUUGAAGAGGGCAAGGAGUACGAAUUCCGCGUUGUGGCCGUCAACGACAUCGGCGACAGCCCGCCCAGCAAGCCUACUGGACUUGUCCUGGUUGAAGAACAGCCCGACAAGCCUCGUAUCAACGCGGGUGCUGUGAAGGACAUUGUUGUGAAGGCCGGCCAGGACUUCAACAUCACUGUGCCUUUCACUGGCUUCCCCAAGCCAGAGGCCAUCUGGUCAAAGGGCGACCUUGACCUCGAUAAUAAGGAUCCAAGGAGGACAUACAAGAUCACAAACGACAAUGCUUCAUUGACCGUGACCAAGGCUAAGAGAGACGACACCGGUCCGUACAAGCUUUUCCUGAAGAACAAGCAUGGCUUUGACACUGUGUACUGCAAAGUCACCGUCUUGGACCGUCCUGCGCCCCCUGAGAACUUCCGCGGAGAGGAAGUCGACGGCGAGUCCCUGACGCUGCGCUGGCUCCCACCAAAGGACGACGGCGGAGCAGAGAUCACGAAUUAUGUCGUGGAGAAGCAGGAAGAAGGCUCCAGGUCGUGGUCACGUGUGGGUACCUACGUUGUGGGCACGUCGUUCCGCGUCCGCGGCCUUACUCUUGGGCACAGUUACAACUUCCGCGUCAUGGCUGAGAACCAGUACGGCACCAGUGAUCCCGCCGUCACCGCGGAGCCCAUCUUGGCCAAGUUGCCUUACGACCCACCAGGAGCCCCGAGCGCACCUCACUCCAUCGACACGACUCCGGACUCCAUCACGAUCGCCUGGUCGAAGCCGCGCAAUGAUGGCGGAUCACCAAUCACGGGAUACCUCGUCGAGAAGCGCAAGGUCGGUGACAGCAAGUGGAGCAGUGUCACGCCCGUUGCCGUGCCCGACCUCAACCACAAGAUCCCUGGACUCGCGGAGAACCAGGAGUACGAGUUCCGUGUCUGUGCGCUCAAUGCUGCCGGACAGUCACCCUGGAGCAACGCUUCUGACGGGAUCUUCGCGCGACCUCCACCAGCUGCUCCAAAGAUCGAUCCCAACUUCUCCCUCCGAGACAUCGUUGUCGUUGCCGGCGAAGAAUUCACCAUCCGUGUUCCCUACACCGGAAGUCCAGCUCCGGAAGCUUCUUGGACGAUCAACGGAAAUCCCUUGCUGCCAGACGAUCGUAUCCACACGGAGGUUAACGUUGCUUUCACCGUGUUCCUGAACAAGAAGGCCAAGCGUGAAGACAGCGGCAAAUACACGCUGACGCUGAAGAACCCUCAAGGCUCUGCCAGUGCAUCAUGCAGAGUGCUGGUCGUUGACAAGCCUGGCCCACCGCAGGGACCACUGGAAGCCACAGAUGUGACCCCAGAGACCUGCUCACUGUCCUGGAAGCCCCCACUGGAUGAUGGCGGCAGCCCCAUUACAAACUACAUCGUUGAAAAGCAAGAUCCAACGACCACGAUCUGGACGAAGAUGAGCGGCUUUGUCCGUGGCUGCCACUACGACGUGAUCGGCUUGGAGCCCAAGAAGAAGUACAACUUCAGAGUACGAGCCGAGAACCAGUACGGCGUCAGCAGCCCCCUGGAGACUGACCGUGCCAUUACUGCCAAGUUCCCAUUCGAUGCACCAAGCCCACCUGGCCGUCCCAACAUUGUGGACUACGACGUCUCGAGCGUAAGCCUAACAUGGGACCGUCCUGUAAGUGAUGGUGGUUCCAAGAUCCAGGGAUACACGGUGGAAUACCGGGAUCCAAUGGAUGGCAAAUGGAGGAUAGCAAAUGACAAGCCAAUCAAGGACACUAAUUACACCGUCCCGGGCCUGAUCGAGGGACACGACUACGAGUUCCGAGUGAAGGCUAAGAAUGCGGCUGGUUACAGCAACCCGAGCGAGCCGACAGCCACACUGCGACUGAAACCCAAGUUCAGUGUACCAUCAGCUCCUCUCAACCUACAAGUCGUUAAGGUAGGCAAGAGCUACUGCGACCUCAGGUGGGAGAAACCACGUUCCGACGGUGGCAGCAAAAUCACAGGAUACAUCAUGGAACGACGUGAAGUGGGCAGUCCUUUCUGGGUCGUGGCUAGCGACUACAGUAUUCUGGACCUGGAAUACACCGACAUUAGGCUUAGGGAGAACAACGAAUACGAGUUCCGCGUGUACGCUGUCAAUGCCGCUGGCAAGAGUGAGCCUAGUACGUGCACGUCGCCCGUCAAAGCCACAGAGUACAAAGAUGGAGUCAAGCCCGAAUUUGUGCGUCGUCUGUUCAACAAGAAUGCGAGCUUGGGCAGGCAGCUGACACUGGAAUGCGAAGCCAUUGGCAAGCCAUUGCCUACACCGAGAUGGUUGAAGAACGGCAGAGAUGUACGGCCAGGUAAUCGCUUCCGUCUCGUCGACAAACAAGAUGGCGUCUUCCAGCUGAUCAUCUCCGAAGUUGAGGACGGAGACGAGGGCGAGUACACGUGUGAGGCAAGCAACCCGCUCGGUGCUGCACGCUGCAGCGCUGACAUCGCCAUUGCAGCUCCUCCGCGGAUCGAACGUUGCCCCAACGAAGUGUACGUUCCCGAGAAAGACAACGGCAAGGUCAAGAUUUACUUCAGCGGUUCCGGACCUCUGGAGGUGUCUCUCUUUAAGGGCGGUCUGGAGGUGCCCGAGAGCAACCGCCUCAAAUUCACCGUGUUCGACGACUACGUCAUUGUCUACCUCCACGAAGCCGAAAAGGGAGAUGAGGGCAAAUACCAGCUUACCAUCAAGAACAGCAGCGGCUCCGCGGAUGCCCAGUUCACCCUGUACGUUACCGGACUCCCUGGACCUCCUGAAGGCCCUCUGGAAGUUUCAGACAUCACGCAGCACACCGCCCACCUGUCCUGGCACCCACCUAAGCACGAUGGCGGCUGCAAGGUCACACACUACGUGGUUGAGCGUAGGGAGACAACUCAUAACCAGUGGGUUGUUGCAUGCUCCUACUGUAGGGACACAAACUGCAAUGUGCAAGGACUCACCGAGAAUGGAGAGUAUCUAUUCCGUGUCAUGGCUGUCAACGAAAACGGACAGAGUGUUCCACUGGAAGGCCUCAACCCCAUCAUUGCAAAGUUGCCUUUCGACCCACCAUCAGCUCCUGGUACACCAGUAGUAACGGAAGUGGGCGGAGACUUUGUCAACCUGUCGUGGGAGAAGCCACAGUCGGAUGGCGGAUCCAGAAUCCAGGGCUACUGGAUAGACAAGAGAGAAGUCGGAACGCAGGCCUGGCAACAGGUGAACCCCAUCACCCUGUGUGCCCCAACACAGAUAAACAUCUCCAACCUCAUCGAGAGUCGCCAGUACGAGUUCCGCGUCUUUGCCGUCAACGAGGCUGGUCAGAGUCCUCCGUCUUCCAACUCCACUCAGGUCAAGAUAGCUGACCCACAUGCGGCGACACCUCCCGAGUUCGUCACGCCCCUCAGGCAGGUCAUGGGCGUCGAGGGCAAGAGCGCCCAGUUCACGUGCAAGGUUACCGGCCGGCCGACUCCAGAAAUCUCCUGGUACAAAGGCAUGCGAGAGCUGCAUGAGGGCGGCAAGUACAGCAUGACACGUGAAGGUGAAACGUGCACGCUCAUCAUUUCGGACAUCUUCGGAGAAGAUGCGGAUGAGUAUGCCUGCCGUGCGUCCAACAAGGGAGGCAACCGCACUUCUCGAGCGGAACUUCUCAUCAAGACCGCACCUCACAUCAAUGUCCCACCACGAUUCCGUGACAUGGCCUGCUUCGAAAAGGGCGAGAAUGUUACCCUCAAGAUUCCUUUCACUGGUUUCCCCAAACCGACCAUCAGGUGGUUCAAAGAAGGCGAGGAGAUCGAAAGCGGUAGCCACUUCGAUAUCCAGGUCGGCGAACGCCAUGCCGUUCUUACCAUCCGUGACGCUAGCAAGGCCGACAGUGGGCCUUACAGGCUUGUCGCUGAAAAUGAGCUUGGUGUAGAUUCUGCCAUCAUCAAGGUCCAGAUCAGCGACCGUCCCGAUGCUCCAAGACAUCCCAUCGUAGAGACAAUCCAGGCCGAUAACUGCAUCCUGUCCUGGAAGGCUCCCUUGUGGGACGGUGGAAGCCACAUCACCAACUACAUGAUUGAGAAGCGGGAAUCUCCUCUCACCACAUGGGUUCGUUGUGGCAACACCAGGUUCUUGACACACCAAGUAACGGGUCUGAACCCAUCGAAGGAGUAUCAGUUCCGAGUCUACGCCGAAAACGUGUUCGGCCGUAGCGAACCAAGCGAGCCGACAACGCCAAUCAUGAGCAAGCCAUCAGAGAAAGACAAGGCUAAGAAGCACUACAUGGUUGAUGAACACGGCAGGAGGAUACGAGGCAAGCCAGAGGGCGCCGUAUCCAACUACGAUCAGUUCGUCCACGACUUCGACAAGCUCAUUCCUCAGCCGAUCGACAUCAAGACCACAAGCGUAUACGACUACUAUGACAUUCUGGAAGAGAUUGGAGUGGGCGCAUUUGGUGUGGUGCACCGCUGCCGUGAGAAGAAGACAGGUCACAUAUUUGCGGCCAAGUUCAUUCCAGUGUCUCAUCCUCUUGAAAAGUCGCUGAUCCGCAAGGAGAUCGACAUCAUGAACCAGCUGCAUCAUCCUAAGCUCAUCCGUCUUCACGAUGCCUUUGAAGAUGAUGAUGAGAUGGUCCUCAUCUACGAAUUCAUGUCUGGCGGAGAACUAUUCGAACGCAUCACCGCCGAAGACUACAAGAUGUCCGAAGCGGAAGUCAUCAACUACAUGCGACAGAUCUGCGAAGGCAUCAAACACAUGCACGAGAAGAACAUCAUCCACCUUGACAUCAAGCCUGAGAACAUCAUGUGCCAGACCAAGAAGAGCAACAACGUCAAGCUCAUCGACUUCGGUCUGGCAACCAAGUUAGAUCCAAAUGAGGUGGUCAAGAUCUCCACGGGCACAGCAGAGUUCGCAGCACCGGAGAUCGUAGAACGCGAGCCCGUUGGGUUCUACACGGACAUGUGGGCCGUGGGCGUUCUCGCUUACGUGCUCCUGAGCGGACUGUCUCCCUUCGCUGGCGAAAACGACGUGGAAACGCUGAAGAACGUCAGGGCCUGCGACUGGGACUUCGACGACGAGGCGUUCGCCAACGUUUCGGACGAAGGCAAAGACUUCAUCCGCCGCCUCCUUACCAGGCAGAAGGAGAAACGCAUGACGGCACACGAAUGUCUGGCACAUCCUUGGCUCAAGGGUGACAUCAAGGACUCGUCAACCAUUCCAAUACCCAACAAGCGGUACAUCAAGUUCCGAGACCACAUCCGCGAGAAAUAUGGCCACCACUGGGACACAUGCACCGUCCCUAUUGGUCACAUCUCGAACUACAGCUCCCUCCGCAAGCUGCACGAAAAGAAAUACGACAUUCACGACUUCUACUUUGACCGAAGGCAAGCAGCUCCGCGCUUUGUCAUCAAGCCAGCUAGUAGCUUCACUUUCGAAGGCCAGAGUGCAAAGUUCUACUGCAGGGUUAUUGCUGCAGCACCUGCCACUGUUACAUGGUACCGUGACAGCGGAGAACUGCGGCAAAGCGUGAAGUAUAUGAAGCGUUACGAGGGAGACGACUACUACUUCAUCAUCAACCGGUGCCGAUUGGAUGAUCGCGGAGAGUACAUUAUUCGUGCCGAGAACUCCUACGGCUACCGGGAAGAGCCCGUCUUCCUCAACGUCCAGUCGAUGCCACUUACGAUUCCACAAGUACGUCUGGACGAGCCGGUCAGGCGUCGCAGAGAGCCGCUCCAGUACAAGCUGUGGGAGGAGCCCCCGGACAGUGCUCCGUGCUUCACAUUCCAUCUACGUCACCGUGUGAUCCAGACCAACCUCGGAGUAAAGCUCCUCUGCUGCUUGUCUGGCAAGCCUGCACCAGAGAUCAAGUGGUACAAGGACGGCAAAGAGUUGAACAAAUACGAGUACAACAUGUCCCACUCGGACGGUGUUGUCACUCUGGAGAUCCUCACCUGUAGGAAAGAGGAUGCUGGAAAGUACGUCUGCAAGGCUACCAACUCGCUUGGUGAAGACGAGACAAACUGCUUCCUCAUUAUUGAAGACCGACGUCGUGGAACCGCCGCCCAAGGCGGUGCUCCCGUCGUCCUCCCUGCCGUCACACCAGCUACGCCCACAACAUACCCGUCGUCGCCAAAGCUACCCAGCUACGACACGGGUGUCUCGUCCUACAAGAAGUCUUCCGACUACGGACUACGCACCUCCCUCAAGUCCGCCUCUGACUACACAUCUAAAUAUUCCUCGGACCGCUCAUCAAAGUACUCGUCCAGCGCUCGGGACUAUUCUUCCUCCGUGAAAGACUACUCCAGCAGUAGACACGUGUCGUCGUCCGACUACAAGUCUUCCUCGUCGUACAAGUCGGACUAUAAGUCGGACUACAAAUCGGACUAUCAAUCUAAAUUGUCGUCGGACUACAAGUCGAGCUCGGACUACAAGUCGUCGUCAAUAGGAAGGAGGGGAUCAAAAAAGGAUCACGUGGAGAGCACGCUAUCAGCAGCGGCGUCAAAGCUGUCACCGGCCUCCGCCGAAGCGGCGACAAAGAGGGUGCAGAAGCCGUACGGAAAGAAAGACGCCAAGGACGCAACGAGCCCAGUGCGGUCCAGGAGUGCCACACAAGAACUUCAGAUUCCAGACACAGAGGUAUCAGCUCCAUCGUUUAAGACCGGGCUGAAGGACCUCAAGAUCAGGGAUGGCGAAGCCCUCUCCCUUGUUGCCGUCGUAGAGGGCGAACCCGAGCCGUCUGUGGAAUGGUUCAAGAACGGCGAGAGUUUGAAGUCGUCCGACAUCAUGAGCCUGAAGUACAAGAACCGCGAAGCCUCGUUAUCAAUCGGCGAGGUCUACCCCGAAGACGAGGGCGAGUACGUGUGCGUUGCGACAAACGCCGAGGGAAAGAGUGAAACCCGAUGCAAGCUCACGGUCCUCCCCAUGGAAAAGGAAGAAGCCGACGCGAAAGGGCUGGAUGGAAAAUCACCCAGGUUUUCGGAACACCUCAAGAGCCAGGUCGUUAAAGACGGCGACAAGGAGGUCACGUUGCAGUGCACCAUCAGGGGUGCUGGCAAAUUCGACGUCGUAUGGUUGCAUAAUGAAAAAGAAAUAAAAUCUAGCAAGGACUUCCAAUACGUGGCCGACGGUGAUGUGCACAAGCUAGUCAUUGCGGAAGUUUAUCCCGAAGACGGCGGUACCUACACGUGCGAAGCCUUCAACGACAUCGGAGAGGCGUUCAGCACGUGUACCCUUCAUGUUCUAGUGCCAGGUGAACCAGUCGUGGGCCCCGGAUUCUCCAUCUAUCCACGCUCGGCUACUAUCGGAGAAGGUCAGCCUGCCACUUUCAAGUGUGUCACGGAUAAGGAAGCACUAGGAGUGCGGUGGCAAAAGGAUGGCAAGGCCCUCGAAACAGACCCACGUCACCAGACGACUCAGGACGGCCGUAGUUACACUCUAGUCAUAACGCAAGCCAGGACAACGGACGUAGGACAGUACACCGCUGUUGCCGUCGACAAGACCGGAGAAACCGUCGCUGCCUUCGCCCUCAACGUGCUGUCCGAGUCGGAUCAGCUCUGAGGCGUUUCAUCCGGAUCUUAAGUGACAUGGCUCAAAAGAGGUCUUUUUAUAAAGGCUCUCAUUCUGUCAUCAACCUCUCUCUCUCUACCCUUUCCUAUUGUGCGUGCAGUCGAGGGUGUUGGUCAUCACCCCCUCCCCCCCUUAAAAAAAAAAAAAAAAGAAGAGCAAGAAACAACCCUCAUUGCCUCACGAUCUCCUCGACUGAACAGCUGAGCAACGUACAAGGAUGCAUGCUUUUGAUUUCGUAGUGUGUAUCUAAGGUGCCAUAUUUAUACUGACAGCUAUUACAUACAAAUAAGUGAGUUUAUAAAUAUUCUAGGCAGUCAGGGGAGAACUGGCUGUCUGGCCAAGACUGAGCUAGGCUACAAAAAAAAAGUUUUCUUCUCUCUCACACGUUACCCUUUCUUGUUUUAUAAUGCUCCUGUUUGACCCGUUCGCUUUUUUUAAAGGAGUGUUUUCCCCACCGUUACGUACACGAAGCGCCCCCUACAUUAUCACGUGGCUUUCCGCCCUAUCUUUUUUUUCUGCGCACUCUCCCUUACAUUUUUUGCUUUUCUGCCCUGCUCGAGUCCUUCCGUGGCCUGUGCACUUUUUCUUUUUUUUUUCUUUCUUUUUAAUGCUGCGGAAUAGGAGAACGACAGAAAUUGCGGUACCGCCUUCGGAAGUGGGGCAGCUUUCGAGGAGGUCCCGACAGGGUGCACGGUAACGCCGGGACUCGGCAGCCUUUCGUUAGCGACGUUUUAUUUGUAGCUUGGCCUUUUUUGCAUAUGUGAAUAAAGGUGGAGAAUGAAA